AUGAAUUGCGAUGAGAUCUCUGAGAUCAAAAAAACCUGGGAAAUACCGGCGGCCUCGCCCACUGAAUCCGGUGUAGCGAUUUUAAUACAAUUUUUUACCAAAUAUCCGUCCAAUUUAGAAAAAUUUUCAACAUUCAGAGACAUGACAUUAGAAGAAUUGAAGGAAAGUCCACGUUUGAAAGCUCAUGCAAAUCGAGUUAUAAAAGUAUUUGAUGAUUCCGUGCAAGUAUUGGAUGACGAUUCUUCGCAACUAGAAGAAAUAUGGGUCAAAGUGACUCAGUCACAUUUUAAUCGUCAAAUCGAGAAGCAAUCUUUCAAUGAAUUGAAAGAAGUUAUCUUAGAAGUAUUGACUGCCGCCUGUAGUUUGAAUGAUCAACAAAUCGAGAUCUGGGUAAAAUUAAUGGAUUUUAUUUACGACAUCAUAUUCAGAACUAUAGAUGAACUAGAGCAGGGAGCAUAA